AUGCAGGUGAGUCCAAACAGUUCUGACUUCACUGUUUUUGUUACCAGUUUUCAAGAUGGAAAACCAGUACCAAACGCCAAAGUGGUGUACACGUAUACGGGCCACUAUUAUCCUACAGAAAAUGGUUUUGACGAAAAACGAAUGGAAGGAACAACCAACGAAAAAGGUUUUGUUUCUUUUGAGGGAGCCCCAGACCGGUUAGGUUAUCAUCCAAUGAUACAUGUUUCAACAGAAAACGACAGUGUAACUUACACAAACGUGAGUGCCGGUUAUAUCAAUCGCCAAGGGAACCAGCUACUGGCUCAUAUUUUCAAUGAUCGUGGUCUUUACAAACCAAAUGAAAUGGCUCACUUUAAGGGAUUCACAAGAGCUAUUCAAUUCGAUUUCAGCAAGGGCUCAAACAAGUAUGGUACUUAUGCCAUCAACAUUCCAACCAACUGUUCAGGUAGCUACACGUUUUACGAUUCAAGACGAGUCAAAUAUGCUGAAGGAAAGAUUGAAGCAAACUCAAAUGGAUCUUUCGAAAUUGAGCUCAAAAUUCCUGAUAACGUAAAUUUAGGAAGUCACUACAUUGAUAUUCGAUUACAAGGGCACUCAUUCACUCACAACUUCUCUGUAGAGGAGUUUAGAACACCUGAAUACAAUGUUUCGAGUAACAUCAUUCCGUCCUCAUUGAAAGUGGCAAACUACGUUGGAGACAAGUUGGUUUGCAAAGUGUCUGCCAAUUAUUACAGCGGUGGAGCAUUGGAAAUGCAAAUGUAA